AGAACGAGGAAGAGAACAUAAGAUGUUUUUCAGUGUUGAAGAACUACACAUUGAGUCUCAUUUUAUUGGUCAGGCUCAUUGUCCUGCAGGAUCUUACCUGGACUCUUUCCAUCAGACUCUUCUUUUUAUUCACCUGUUUAACCAUUGCUACUAUGCUGUCCAUCUGGCUUGUCUUGGUUUCCUGCAUAGAUUUUCUCCUGUACUCUUCUGCAGAGGAGGGUCUGGAGUUUCCCAGUUUCGAUGGCAAGGACAGAGUUCUUAAUGUCAAUGAGAGGAACUAUAAGAAGGCAUUAAAGAAGUACGACAUGAUGUGUUUGCUGUAUCACGAACCCCUGCCUUCAGAUAAGGAGCUCCAGCAGCAGUUUCACAUGAGGGAGAUGGUUCUGGAGCUUGCUGCUCAAGUUCUCGAAGACAAGGAUAUUGGUUUUGGAUUGGUAGACUCACAUAGAGAUGCUAAGGUUGCCAAGAAGCUUGGUCUGGAGGAGGAAGGAAGCAUCUAUGUGUUUAAGGAUGAAAGAGUGAUUGAGUUUGAUGGAGAGCUCUCUGCAGAUACACUGGUUGAAUUCCUGCUUGAUCUGCUGGAGGACCCAGUGGAGUUGAUCAGUAACCCAAUGGAACAACGUGCCUUUGAACGAAUGGAUGAAGACAUACGCCUAAUCGGCUACUUUAAGGGUGAAGACUCUGAACAUUAUAAGGCCUUUCAGGUGACCGCAGAGAAGUUCCAACCAUAUGUGAAGUUUUUUGCCACUUUUGACAAAGGGGUGGCUAAACAACUGACUCUAAAAAUGAAUGAAAUCGAUUUCUAUGAGCCCUUCAUGGACGAGCCUGUCACCAUUCCUGGCAAACCCAACACAGAGGAGGAGAUAGUGGAUUUUGUCAAUCAACACAGAAGGCCCACUCUGAGAAAGCUUCGUGCCGAGGACAUGUUUGAGACUUGGGAGGAUGACAUGGACGGAAUCCACAUUGUUGCCUUUGCUGAGGAGGAGGAUCCAGAUGGUUAUGAAUUCCUGGAAAUUCUAAAGGAGGUUGCAAGGGACAAUACUAAAAACCCAGAUCUCAGCAUAGUUUGGAUUGAUCCUGAUGAAUUUCCUCUGUUAACUACAUACUGGGAGAAAACCUUUAAGGUGGACCUUUUCAGACCCCAGAUUGGUGUGGUGAAUGUGACUGAUGCUGACAGUGUGUGGCUGAACAUGCCUAAUGAUGAAGCUCUACCGUCAGCUGAGGAGCUGGAGGACUGGAUUGAGGAUGUUCUCUCUGGAAAGGUCAACACUGAGGAUGAUGAUGAUGACGACGACAAUGAUAUUGAUGAUGAUAGUAGUGAUGAAGACCAUUAUGGUGAUGAUGAUGAUGAUUAAGUGGUAUAUAGAAAAACUCUAACCACAGAGUUCUUUCCACAGAUUGCAUUAAUUCUAUUUGUUUUAAUGACUUAUGGUUUAUUAAUUGCAGAAUUUACUUGAUUUACUAUAGAACUGUCUGCAUUGCCAGCAAGAGACAUUUAAUAAUGCAAAAACAUAUAAUGACAUAUUACAAUUUUGGUGCUGCUUAUUCAUCUGGAACUGUAUGACUGCUACACGAAAAAGGGUGUUCUGUAGUACUAAUUUUUUUGGGACACUUGAGAUGUAUCAACAUG